AACCUAUCGGGCUUUAGGAGGAACGGAGAGCACCGUUCCGAGGGCGGGGGAAGAAAGAGCGAAAGCUUUCUCGGGCCGCCGCAGAGCCGAACCACAUCUCCCAAGAACCGAGACCAUGGCGAGCUUGCCUAGGAAGUUGGAGCUCUUCUACGAUGUGCUGUCCCCGUAUUCCUGGCUGGGCUUUGAGGUCCUUUGUCGAUAUCAGAACAUCUGGAAUAUCAACCUUCAACUGCGCCCCAGCUUCAUCGCAGGAAUCAUGAAGAGCAGUGGAAACAAACCACCUGCCUUGGUGCCAAGAAAAGGCAAAUACAUGAUGACAGACCUCCAACAUCUUAAGAACUUUUACCAGGUUCCCAUCCAGGCUCCAAAGGAUUUCUUCUCUGUCAUACUAGAAAAAGGGAGUUUGACUGCUAUGCGAUUCCUCACUGCUGUCAACAUGGAGAAACCUGAGAUGUUAGAAAAAGUGUCUCGAGAGUUGUGGAUGCGUGUUUGGUCACGAGAUGAAGAUAUCACCGAACCCCAAAGCAUCCUGACUGCUGCAAAGAAAGCAGGACUUUCUGAAGCAGAGGCUAAGGGUCUACUGGAAAAGUGUUCAAGUGACAACGUGAAGAGCAGACUCAAAGAGACCACUGAUGCAGCCUGCAAUUAUGGGGCCUUUGGGCUGCCCACCAUAGUGGUCCACAUGGAUGAUAACAAAUCCCACAUGCUUUUUGGUUCUGACAGGAUGGAGCUGCUGGCCCACUUACUAGAUGAGAAAACUGAGGCAACAGGUGAUUUUUUUACCAGGGAUAGCCAUCUGGCAAGUAUCUAAGGCAAGAUUUGAACUCAGAAAGAUGAGUUCUCCUGACUCCAAGGCCAGCACCCUAUUCACUGGACCACCUAGCUGCCUGACAAUGACUACAAUAACGUAAAUGAAAAGAAUAAUAAAAUGAGGCCAAAUGUUACAUAAUUGUAUAUAGCUAAUCCUAGUUAAUUUCAGACAAGGUGACUGAGCUUAUUGGUUUUGCUUAACCAAUUUCAUUGUCAAAAAGGAAGGCCCUCACAAGUGUGUGUAUAUGUUACAAUAAGUAGGAUCUAUGUCAUAUCUAGAAAUUACUGAAAUGUGGAAAAGAAAAAUCAAAACAAUCUUAAAAUCAGAAUAAGUUAGGUGAGAUAUGAGAUGGCUCUCUGGGACUGGGAAGGAGAGGGAUGCUGGUGAAAAUUUUUAUGAUGUUUAAAAAAAAAAAA